CCAUUAUAACUUCGAAAUCCAGAUAAAACGCCCUACAAAGCAAAAGCUUCUCUGCAACUUCCACUAGUCUUAUACGCAGUUGUUUAGAGCAUGUGAGGAGAAAACUCAAAUAUCUACCAUUUCUUUAUAAGCUCAAGGCUUAAGCUACAUUCUAGUUUACUCUUCAAUGGGUCAACCUAAACCUAAAACCUCAAAAAAACCCAUGAAAGAAAUCAAGCAGAACCGAAACCAACACCCUCAAAAAUCUGAAAAACUACCUUCUUGGUUAGCUGUAAGAGGCCUUUUUACCUGUAAAGACUUGCAAACGCAACAGCAGAAGCAGGAACAGGAACUAAAGCAACAAAAGCAACCACAACAGCAAAAGCAAGAACAGCAACAGAACAAGAAAGAGAAAAAACAUCAUCAAAAUCAAGAACAAGCCUUGGAGGAAACAAGCAAGAAAUGCAAGAAAAUUAAGUGUUCAGGCUCACUAUGUAGCAACACAAAGGUCAUGCACAGGCCUGAAAUAGCGUCUCCUGAUAUUCAAAGAAAAAGGGCUUCAAUGGGUUUAACUAGUAAUAAUAGUGAUACCUCAAGUAGAUCCAUGAAGACUCCUCUAAAUGAAAUUAAUGGGGUUCUAUCCUCUACAAAUUCUUCACUUUCUGCAUCUUCUAAUUCCUCUCUAAGCAAUGUCGGGUCUUUUAGAGGAAUGCCAUUCAGGAGAUUCUCUGGCUGCUAUGAGUGUAGAAUGGUGGUGGAUCCUGUUCUUGGAUUCACUAGAGACCCUUCUUUGAGAAGUAGCAUUUGUUCUUGCCCUGAAUGUGGUGAGAUCUUUGUAAAACCUGAAAAUCUGGAGCUUCAUCAAGCAGUUAGACAUGCAGUAUCUGAACUAGGUUCAGAGGACACAAGCAAGAACAUAGUGGAAAUCAUAUUCCAAUCAAGCUGGCUAAAGAAAGAAGCACCAAUUUGCCAAAUAGACAGAAUCCUAAAAGUCCACAACACUCAAAGAACCAUCACCAAAUUUGAAGAGUACAGAGACUCCAUCAAAGCCAAAGCCAACAAACUCCAAAAGAAGCACCCACGUUGCAUAGCAGAUGGGAAUGAGCUCCUCAGGUUUUACUGCACUAGCUUUGCCUGCUCACUAGGCCUAAAUGGUUCAUCAAAUUUGUGCAAUUCAAUUCCACACUGUAACGUGUGUAGCAUUAUCAAAAAUGGGUUUAAAGAAUCCACAACUGGAGGUGUCCAUGGACAUGGGAUUCUUACAACCGCAACAAGUGGUAAAGCUCAUGACAAAGCUGCACUAUUAGAGGACAGUAAUGGCAAUAACAGUGAUAAGAGGGCGAUGCUGGUCUGCCGAGUAAUAGCUGGGAGAGUUAAGAAGAGCAUGGAAGGUAACAUGGAGGAGUAUGACUCUGUAGCUGGUGCUAUGGGGGUUUACUCUAAUUUGGAUGAGUUGUAUGUGUUCAAUCCCAAGGCUAUUUUGCCUUGUUUUGUUGUUAUCUACGGAGGUUUUUAGUAGUAGGGUCUAAUUUAUUGGCUUAUUUCUUGUACUUUGUGACUAUUUAAGGGGGGGGUUUAAUGCUUGCUUACCCAUUUUGUUUGAUUGCUUUGUGACUUUAUCCAGGAAAAAUCUUAGAUGAUGUUUAUAUUCAUUUGUUUUUAUGCGAGGAAACAGUAGCAGAAGAAAAUAUUGCAACUUUGCCAAAAA